AUGAAUCCCUCCUCUCAAUCUUUUUCUUCUAAUACAAUAGCUUCGAGUGGAAACUAUUCAACUACUAUCGGAAACCUUUCUUCUCCUUUGAAAAAGAAGAAAUCAAUUCAAUAUUACAGAAAGUAUUUUGUUCAACAACCGAAACGAGAGAAUUUACAUACAAUAACAAACAAUGAAAUCAUUCAAGAGUUCCCUAUUGAAAAAUCAAGUAACGAACAAUUAGUUUCGAAUAAUUCAAUCUUGGUACCAAACCAACAACAACAACCAAUUAUUAUGCAAAAUGAAAGGGUUCAAAAACACAAUCAACCAAUGAAGAGUUUGCUAAAGCUAGGACGAAAAUUCAUGCAGCAAGCCAAAACAAAGAAGAAAACUAAAUUGCAAGAUGAUCUAGACGAUGAGUUUAGUAUUUAUUAUAAGAAUUAUGGUGGAUUGUGGUAUUUUCUCAAAUAUUACUUUCUCAGAUUUGUACAAUAUUUAGUCAUGAUAAGUUCUGGAUGUUUAGCAGGUUCAGCAUUAUCAACCUUACUUCCUUUACUAUUUUUGGUAUUUGCUCUAGUUGGUUUUUUGAUAUUUUUCUUUCUCUUUUCUCAUUCCAUUCAAUUAUUCUAA